AUGAACAUGAAGACUCUCAUCAUGUCUCGAACACCGAAACCCAAACCUCCUAAGCGCAGGAAGCCCGGUCAACCAGCACUACCUUGGGAACUUACCGACCCCCAACUCUCUCCGGAAGAAUUUAUUCUCAAAGUUGAGCAGGAAAUUUCUGAGAUUAGAGAAGCAGCUCGUGACGUCGGAGCAAAAAUUGAGCGACUUCCUAAGCUAUCCCAAGGCUUGCAGGAGAUUCUUGAUUCAGCAUACAAUAACCUUAGAACCCAUCUCGAGGGAAUCAUUGCCACCAGCUGGGAAAUAUCAGCUGACAUACAAAGUUUCUCGAACGACCGCUUAGAUCGCAUCCAAAACUUAAUUGACUGCAGUCUGGCCGACUGCUGGCAGAUUGAACAUGAGUAUUGCAAAGUGGUCUAUGACAGAACUCCUAUGUGGACGAAGACCGUUUCCAAAAUCGAAAACAAUGUUAUCCGCUUGCAUUCUGAGUUCACUACGACAAGAAUCAAAUCUUUGCAGAUCGAGGCUUCUCGGGUGGAAGAUGAGCUUGAAAGAGACUACUUCAAGCCUCGAAGGUCGGCAAGAGCCAAGAUCGACCAUCUAUUGGCUGAAACUGAUAAGCACACCCGAAUGUACAGCGGCCUACAAGCGAAAGGCCAGUCGGUCUCGCUUGGUUCGGCUGAUGUUAUACAAAGUCUCAUUGGACUCCAAUACCUGGACACAGAAAUACCUAGUGAGCCUGGCUGUCGAUUCGAGGACUUUCGACUGCGUUUCGAGCAAAGUAGACAAAAACUUGGAUGGACUGCACAUGAUUACCGUUCUACAUGGAAGGAGCGCAGUGUAGCUGAGAGUUCAUUCAAGGAUGCUCAUCUUUGGAGUCCUAAAGAUUUCUCAAACGUCACUCGGUCGGGCCAAUUUUAUGAUAUAACCCCUCUCGAGGUAGCUAGGUAUCUCAUGCUUGGCCCGUUAUUGAAACCCGCACAAGAAAAGGCGCUCCUUCUCCGUCGGAAGAUGAUCAAAAAGCACCUGACGGAUGUCUACCUGAGCAGACGGACUGGAGGCACUAGGCUGACCAACAGUGCCGAGCUAGAUAUAGCUUGGCGGCAGCUUGAUGUCAUGGCCCCAUUUGAAACGAAAAUCGUUAUGGAUUGGUGGCUACAGGAGGAGAUGACUCUGUUGAUCAAAGCUGUCGAGGGCCCUUUGAGCGCAUUUGGCCCACUGUUCCCUGAUACAAACCCGGAAACGCUCAGACAUGUCAAAUAUAGUCUUAAAGAGUUAAACGCAAAGUACACUGAAACCCGAAAUGCUUUCAGUUUCGAGCUUUCCGAGUACAAGAACAUCAAUUGGCUUCGACUACAAAUUGAGAAGAAGCUGCACCGGCUGGGCGAGCCGAGUGAUAUCCAAGAGCGAGGCCUUUUUGUCGCUCCGAACCCGUCAGAGUCCAGACACAAAAGAAUGCGGGAAAGAGUACCAAAUGCCAUCGAGGUUAAACGUCCUCUGCUUCCUCUGUUUACAAGGAAAUUUGGGAUCAAGGAAGCCUCCAACAGUUUCACUACUCCACCAGAGAAAACGCCAGAGAGCGCUUUAGCCUCCAGCAAUUUCACUACUCCGCCAGAGAAAACGCCAGAGAACGCUUUAGCGGAUACCGACAAGUCUCUAGAAACACAACCGGACGCGCCUUGGGCAAAACGCACUCACGAAGAGCUUCGUGUGCUGGAAAUUCAGCGUAUGCUUCUGGCGCGUCCUUCUAAGGCUCUGAAACGUUCAAUUCUCCUAAGCAAGGGGCAGUCGCGGCGGUUACUUCAGCAGAAACCGCAACCUCAGCAGUCAACAAAAUCACAACGCCGUUGGGGGAAGUCGGAAAUGACGACAAAUUCCAGCAAAUCACAUUCCCAGCAAUUCCCAUGGAGGGAUUUUGUUGUUGCGUCCAGGAAAAAGAGGGAGGGGAGGGCUGCAUUAGGCUCUGGUGCAAUCAAGCGACCUGUUGUUUCUGGAUUCGUCAGUAAGCCUGAACCAGGGCAGCCUAGUGGCAGCAGACCGUACAGCACUUUUUCAAACGCUGUUCAGACAACAAAUCACGAUGAAAGUCAGAAGUACGCCAGCGAGAAGGCUCUGCCAUUGAGAAUUCGCCCAGCAGGAGAGGUCGCCAUAGAGAUUAAAUCCAAGGUUCCCACUGCUCCAUUGUUUUGGACUCACAGUGCUCAACGGGCUCCUUCUGGAGAGAAAUUGAUUGUCCACUACUGCCGCUCUUUGGAAAACACCGAAGAAGUUGCUCAACUCUUCCUUGAUAGCAAAGUCAUUGGCUUCGACAUGGAGUGGAAAGCACAGGCCACUGCACGUGAGGCAACCACUCCGCAAGACUUUAUUGCGCCCUCAUUGAAGAAGAUCCUGGAAUCUCCAGAUAUCACGAAAGUCGGCGUAUCUAUCAAGGGAGACACGACUCGUCUACGAAAGUUUCUCGGUGUCGAUACGAAGUCCAUCUUCGAACUUAGUCACUUGUACAGAUUAGUCAAGUAUGGGUUGACUGAUCCGAGACUUGUCCAUAAGAGACUCGUCCGUCUUAGCGACCAAGUUGAGGAGCAUCUGGGAUUGCCUCUGGAGAAAAUCGAGGAUGUGCGCUGUAGUGAUUGGACUCGUCCCUUAAACUACCAACAAGUCCAAUAUGCUGCUACUGAUCCAUACUCUUGUAUCUGCUUGUUCAAUAUCAUGGAGCAGAAACGACUUGCCAUGAACCCUAUGCCACCUCGCCCUGCGCAUGCUGAACUCAAUUUGCCGAUUGUUCUUCCUCAUGGAGAACCGGCCACCGUUGAGGAUGCCACCCUUUUGGCCUCUGAGCUCGUGAUUCCCGAGUCGGCUGAUGAUGUCGACACCGACAAGCCUUAA